GUUUCUAUUGGUGCAAACUUUUUUAUAGUUAUGGAGUUUGUGGAGUAUAUCAAAUCACCAAAAAUCGACAAGGUUUCUCUACGGCGCAGAGGGCAGGCGUACCUCGAAGGAACGCUGUGUGUCACCGGCCAUCACUUGAUCUUUUCUUCCAGAACGGACCACAAGGAUGAGCUCAUUGUGAGUAGUGUGAUUAUAUUAAUUUAUUGUUUUGUGUCAUUUCUUUUCUAUAUCUUAAUGUUGACAACGUAAUUACAGACAGCCCUUACACGCCCGUUCGGUCUGCCUAUUCAUUGGAAAUGGAUGACGUGUAAAUAUUAAUUCAUUAGUUGUGUAAACAAAACAAUGUACUAUGCCCUGGUGGCUUUCAGGGUAGUGGGGUUGACUAGUCUGUCAGCCCGUCAAUAGACCAGUUUCAAUAUAUUAAAGUUUUCGUUUGGCUUUGAUACUAGGGGUAAUAAAACAAAAGAAAUGAAUCUUUAAAAAAAUAAUUUUAAAUGAAUUGAAAAUUAAAGCUAUUUCUUUUCUUUAUUCCCUCAAACCUUAGAGUCAGAUAUGAAUUUUAAUAUAUUAUUUGAAAUAAAAUUGGUUCAUCAGGACAACUAAACAUGACCUAAACAGGUCCCAGUUUUCUACUAAGAAGUAAACUGCCCCAGAAGUAGAACUAACAAAAACAGUGUGCACACAGGGACCUGUUGCCCACUUUUGUGCCUGAGUACAUUGGUCCUGACCUUGUACUUCCAAGGGCACCAGCACCGUGCCCAAAUUCUGGGAUGGGUAUUUUAAAAAAUUGUGUAUUUACAUUAGAGCCCAGUGAGUAUCAUACUCGGGCAUCAAGUGCGAAUACUGCCUUAGUAAACAUGAUUAGUUAACAAUAAUUGUUGAAUAAUUAUUAUUCCAUGAGCAUGCAUUGGAAAUGAAUUGGCUAUAAUCAUCUCAUAUCCAACAUGUCCAAGUGCGAGUGGAAUAAUUGUUUUAUUAAAAACACUAACAGGCAGCACUAUUACACUGUUACUUUUAUUAAUUUGUAAAGAGGAACCGAAAAGCACAAAGGCCUUCCGUUUUUCACGUGUCACACAUUUGUGUUCGCGUGCUGUUCUAGCUGAAAGACUAAAAAAACUAAAUUCAUAGAUCAGGAUUCUUGCCAGUUUACUGUGCCCGACAACUAAAACUACUGCUGAUAAAAUACUGCUGUUUAGAAUUUUACCGCCAAAGUUGUUGUGAAUUUAAAUGAUGAUGCAUUACAAAAGUUAAACUGCAGAAGAAAAAGAUUCCGUCGAUUGCCAUGUACAACACUUGUGAAAAGCGUGACAUUUGUUUGAAGUCACCACGCCGGUUUUGCUGAAUGAGAACAGAUGCUACUGGUAACUUUAUAGGUGUGGUGGAUAGCUUAGUGGCCUUUGGUUGCAUCUGUUAGCUAGAGUCAGAUCUUUUCAGCCAAACAAGUUGCAUAAUUAUGUAUUUUGCUGAUUUCGGCGAGUGGCUUUGUGAUCGUGAAGAAAUGUACACGUUCUUGUUAGUUGAGAUAAUUUCAUGCCAUGCUUUUUAAUUUUGUGGCUGUCUAUGUUUUCCAAGGGUUGCAUUCUAUAGCAGGUUUUAAAAAUAUCUUAUAUCUAUGCCACAAAUGACUUCCUUCAGUGUUUGUAUCCACCGCGAGAAAAAACAUACAAACUGAAAAAGUCUUUUGCUGGCGCAAGGAUGCUUUCAUUUACCAUAUAUGGUCACAGCAUGGUUAUGAGCUGAUAAUCCUGCUCCGUUGGGUGAAUCAGAAUGCAGGAAAUGCAGUAACGAUCGUCCAGUGUAUAAUAAUACUUAUUAUCAUGCCAUUUAAAAGAAGAGUUGUCUUACUAAAGUAUGUUAUUCACAGCUCUUGCACUCAGCAGUGGAACAUGUUGAGAAGAAAGCAAGAGGUCAAGAAGGGAUACUCACACUUUUUUGUAAGAACUUUGACUUGGUGAAACUAAAGUUCAACAGCAUUGAAGAAGCACUGAAUGUAGCAUCAUCGGUUGAAGUUCUGUCAACCAUUGGUAAGAAAAAAAGCCAUUAUUAUUAUUAUAAUAAUAACUUACAUUAUUAUCCAUUCAAAAUAUUUCUCCAUUUCUGAUUGGCUAAAAUCAUAUACAUAAUUUAUCAUAACCAGGUUCUGUCUACUAAAUUUGCACUUGAAAAUUUCUACAAUAUGUGAAAAGUGAUGUCAAUUGUGCAGGAAAAUUACCAGAUUAUUGAACAGUUAACUGAGAAGUAUGUUUUAGCUUGCUUUUAAACUAGGAAUUAUUUUGAAUGAAUAAUGAAACAAUUAUUGAAUUCGGUUUUCGUGUCAUCUGAAAAAUUAUGGAGAUUUUGGAGGAUGUUAUCUGCCGAGGCCAAGUCGGCCUCAUGUCCUUCAUUCUUCAGAUGAUAGUCAGCCUUAUUCAAUAAUGUUAUUGCUAAAUAUUACAUUCUAGUUCUUUUUUUCACAUUAUCCUUAGUCAGCAUGUUUAAUGUAGUUUUUGUUUGUAUGUUUCUUUUAUCAAAGUGAUUUCUUUUUUUUUUACUUAGGAAACACAAACUUGAGGUAUCCUUUCUUCUAUCGUCAUCUGAAACCUCUUGAAGAAGAUGGGUGGGACUUGUUUAGUUUAGAAAUGGAAUUCUCUCAUUUGUGCUCUUUAACUCAACAAUGGAGAAUAAGCCAUGCCAAUAGUAAUUAUGAGGUACAUUUCUAAUAUAUUAUUGCAACAGACUGAGUGUUUUCAUAUCAACAUUAUCAUUUUCAUCACCAUCAUCGUCAUCACCAUCAUCAUCCUAAUCAUCAUUGUUCUAUUGAUUCUAUUGAUCAUCAUCAUCAUCAUGUAAUCAUCAUUAUCAUUGUUCUAUUGAUUAUUGUUCAGCUACAAUUGUGACUCCAGAAUAUAUGACUGAGGUUCAGCUUUGUGUCCCAUGAUGAUGUGAUUUCUUACAUUACAUUUGUAGAUCGUAUACAAUAAGGAAGGCAUGGUUGAAAUUUUCAAAAACUCAUAACUACAACUUGCAUUAUCCUUGAAUGUCUUUCAAGCCAAAUAAUGCCUGGUCUUAAUUUUGUUACUAACUUAAUUAGUUAACAGCUAGCUAUAGUUUGCUUCUAUUUUAUUUUAUAAUGAAUGUAAUAUUAGUUGAAGGAAAUAUUUUUUUUAAUGUUAGGUUACCUGUCCACCUACUAAUAAAUUAGCAAUUGUUGCUGCAAAGAAAAGGGUAAAAACUAUAGCCUCACCCUCUCCACCAUUAUAUUUCUAAGAGUGAAGUUUUUUUCUUUUUUGUGUUUAGCUAUGUCCCAGCUAUCCAGCCAGUGUUAUAGUACCAGUUAAAAUUUCUGAUGAUACAUUAAAAGCAUCAGCACAGUUCAGACAAUUUGGCAGGUUUCCUAUUUUAAGCUACUAUCACAAGAAAAAUGGGGUAAGAAUUAAUAUUUUAAUAAUAAUUGUUAUUAAUGCAAUAUCAUCCUUUACAAUCAAAAACUAUUGAGAGUGAUUUUUAGAAUAAUAGUUACAGAUUAAAAUCAUUCUUGAUAGUCUCUUAUUAAGGACAGUAAGGGGUUGCAUGUAGCUGUAUUCCUUUGCUGCUUGUGUUGAAGUAUGUUGGACUGUCUGCUGAACAAGAAAUAUUUCUAUUGAAUGUAUUACUGAUAUACCAUCAUAUCCUAUUUCUUUCCAAGUAAUACUGGUAUUUUAUAGGUGAAAACUUGAAUGUUUUUUUUUGUAAAAGGUCUGUUAAAAUGUUGCAGGUCGUUAUGAUGCGAUGUGCCCAGCCAUUAACAACCAUGGCAUCUAAAAGAAGUCGUGAAGAUGAAAAAUUAGUUAAUGCCACUCUUGGAAGUGAUUCUAAAGGGAUAAUUAUUGAUACAAGAUCACAAACAGCUGCUAUGAACAGUAGAACAAAAGGUAAAUGAAAAAAGUCAUGCAUUCCGUGAUCAGCUUGCUCACCUCAUCCUUAUGCAAUUCUUGCAAAUUUUGUAAACAAGAGAGAGAGUAGUGAAAACUGCAAUGAAUGCAAAAAUUUGUCAAACUUGCAAAGAAUUGAAAAUUAUAUUUUGCAGCUGCAUGCAAACCUACAGGUACAUUUUUGUAAGUGCUCAUCCUGCUGUCACAUGUUUGACUCACUUUCAUAUUUCAACCUUAUCCAAGUGAAGUGAUUUAAAGGUCUCAUAUCAUGUUGCUUAACAUAGGUGAGAACAAAGAUGACAAUGAUUUCCACCUUAUUCUUUCUUUGUGCAAGCCUUUAAUAAAUCCAUCGCUGGCUUUCAUUCAGUUUUCAUUGUUAUAAAAACAAGUUUGAAAUGUGGAUGCUAAAAUGUUGUGAAAUGUCAGUUUAUAUGAAAUUCAUGUUAACCCAUAUAAAGUCAAUAUAUACUGCAUAUUAAUUAGUGUUAUUUUAUUCCAUGUAAAGUUAACACUAGCUCCAUUAAAUAUGGUUCCGUGUGUAGAUAAUCAGUAUUUGUGUGGUGUUUUUGUAUGACAUCAAUUUGAACUAGUCUUAUUUGCUUUCAAUCUAUGUAGGUGGAGGUGUUGAACCAGAAUCACAUUAUCCUCAGUGGAAAAGAGAAUAUCAAAAUAUUGAACGAUAUACAGCACUUAAUGAUAGUAUUGCAAAACUAGCAGAAGGUACAUGUAUAACAUACAGUAUAUCUUUUUUACAAUGAUUUGCAAAGGCUUAUGCCGUUGCAUGAAUUUAUUGCUUACAAAAAAAAAUAUUAUCCUGCAUGCUGUGUGAAGAUACAAAUCAAUAGUAACCAAAUUAUAAACAAAAAAUCCUUUCAGGGUGCAAAGAAAAUCGUUUUUACAACUUGCCAUUCGGGCAAGCUGAAGGUAGCAUUUACUAGCCCAGACAUCAUUUUAACUAGCCCCAAAACUUUUUGACGAGCAAAAAUGAUUUCACAGUUCUUCUGCUAUUCCAGUUCCUCAAAAAACAUCACUUGCCCAUUGGGCAAACAGAAUUCACUAGCCCGAUAGCAAAUCUACAAGCCCCAGGCUAUCGGACAGUACUUUCUUUUGCCCGUUGCCUUUACAUUCCCCUUAAAGAAAUAAGUAUGCAUGCAAGCCCCAAAUUUUUCACGGUCAUAUGUUUUGUGACUGUGGAUAUUUGAUAACUUCCUAAAGUUAGUGACAUUGCUCUUAUUUACAUCAAUUUUAUUCUUUUUGUCUAUACAGCAAGUCUAGAUCCCAAGCUAAGCAUGACCUCAUGGCUGUCUAAACUGGAGUCAAGUUCAUGGCUUGAUUAUGUUCAAAGCAUUUUAUCCACAGCUUGUCAUGUUGCUAAAUGUUUGGACAAAAACGGUAACAGCGCAUUUUACAGUAUGAUAAUUUUACAACCAAGAGAAAGUAUUUUACAGUGUAUAGUAUAAUAUUUGUGAAGGGGACUGCACAGCUGUACUUCAUUGGGUCAUAAAAAACUUAUGUUUGAUUUUCUUUCUUCAGUUAGCAAAUGACAAAAAAGAAAAUUUUCAACUAUAAUAAACAGAAAAAAGAUUUUUAUGUUAGCACCAAGAGUGCCAAUGUGGGAAGCUAUUGUAUUAGUUUCUUGCAUUAAUACCUAGCAUAUAUUUUGCACUAAUGCUUUAUUAUGGAAUAGUCGCCCUCACUUAAUGAGUAAAAUUAAUAUUAUUGUACAUGAGGUUUUUUUUAUGGUUAUUAUCUUUGCAAGGUUCUAAAUUUAUAUUAUCUGUGUUAGGAACAACUGUCUUAGUUCAUGGUGAUGCUGGUACAGAUGCCACCUUACAAGUCACAUCUUUAGUGCAGAUUUUGUUAGAUCCUGUUUGCAGGACAAUUAAAGGGUAAGAAUUAUCUGUCAGAUUUUAACUAUAUUGCGCAUUAUGAUUUCUGUUUGGUGUACAGUUGAUACCUGUCUAAAUUCUUCUCUCGUAAAGUGCACUGAUCAUUGCUAAGCCUGACUUGUGUCCAGUCAACUCUCAGUCAAAGAAAAAAGAGGGGGGUCUCUCCCUUUUGUUUUCCUCCUUCCCAUCACCCCUUGCACUCCCAUCAGUCACUCUUCUCGCUUUCCUUCCUCCACGUGCGAUCCAAAUAGAGGAGACUCGGGACAAGUCAGAUUGCUAAGCUGUGUGCUGCAGAUUUUCUUUCUGUUUUUUGUAUGUCACUCAACAGUAAGUUUAAAAUAUUUGUAAUGGAGAAGGCCAACCUCGUUCCCAGGGUUCUCUCCUACCCGCCCCCAUGGAGCGGGUAGGAGAGAACCCUGGGAACGAGGUUGGGAGAAGGCCAGUGCUAGUUCCGGAUUCAAUUAAAUAAAACUUUUUCAAGUGUGAUUUCAAAGUGUGGCUGUUGUUUUCAAUCUCUAAAACAAUAGCUACACUAAAGGUAGGAUUUAAAAGUUUUAAUGAAUUAACGGCUGGGAGUGAGAGCUGAUUGUAAGAAAGCAUUUCUUUGUACUCUGAAAGUUACCCAUGUAUAAACCUUAAUGAGAAUUUCACUUUUAAUCAAAACUCUCCAGCCAGAUCACUCAAAUCCUAAAUUAGUAUGCCCCAAGGAGAUGGUUUUUCAGCAAAAACUCUUGGAAAAAGCUUAUUUCAUUGUCAAAAUGAUUGGUCCGGUAAUUGUCUGGCCGGCCAGUUCUGACUUUUGGAAAGCACUUCAUCCUACCACGGCGCAUGCUACUUGCUGCCUAGUUGUGGGCUCCAAGCGCUUCGUUUCACGGGGAAAAUCAAAUAUUAUUCAUUCACUAUUGACAGAUUUGAGGGUCUAAUUGAUAGAGAAUGGUUACGUGGUGGCCAUCCGUUUACUGAGCGCUGUAUUAAAGUAGGUGUAUCUCCAGUUCGCUACAAAGGCCAGGGUGCAGUGUUCCUUCUGUUCCUAGACUGUGUGUGGCAGGUUAGUGUUGAGAACAAAAACCAUGAAACAAUACCAAGCAGAUUUUUCCCUGAACAGGAAAUAAAGGCGUCUUUUGAUUUCCGUCAUCUGAGUCUGGUACACGAAGUUUUGACCGCCUUUUCUGAGUCGCCACUAAAGGCCUCUUUUUGAAAACGAUCCAGUAAGAGCGAAGUCUUUCUACAAAAAUAAUCUUUAGUUAUUACGCAAAUAAAACUCCCUUAAGUAAUAAGUGAUGCACUUAGCCUCUUUUUGAAAGUGAAGGUUUUGAAAAUUCGGCAUAUUUGCAGCCGUAAAGAAAAUUAAAACCUGACGUUAUGAGUGCUUUUCUUCCGUCUCAGCGAAGACGAAGGACUUUGAUGAAGGCUUGGUGCCCAAAACGUCAAUUUGUGAUAAUCUCUGUGAUGGCAAUUUUUUUCUUUAGUUAGGUUGAUAAAGCCAGUGAUUUGUGUAUUCCAUACGUGUAUACAUGUAGCAAGCUCAGUACUGGUAAAAGGUUACAGUCGCGUCAAUAUCAAAUACAUAUCCCUCAAGGCACACUGGGCAGUGGCUUCGUCAUAGUUGAUAAAGCCAGUGAUUUGUGUAUUCCAUACGUGUAUACAUGUAGCAAGCUCAGUACUGGUAAAAGGUUACAGUCGCGUCAAUAUCAAAUACAUAUCCCUCAAGGCACACUGGGCAGUGGCUUCGUCAUUUAAUGUUUUUCAUUUUUGUCAACAGAUAUACCAACAGUUCCCAUGCUCAUUUGAGUUUAAUGAUCGUUUUCUCAUAACUUUGUUCGAGCAUGCGUACUCUUCCCAAUUCGGUAAGAUAUCUGUGGACUUUCCUGCUUAUGUAGUAUUCGUAGAAUUUUUGUGUUUAGAAACAGCUGUUUUCGUCUGUGGCCUUGCACCCCUAACAUGGAACUGAGGAUUCUUUUCUUAGAAAGUCUACAUGAAAUCCGGCAUUUUCUUCGUACACUAAAACGUUAUACUGAAAGUUUUUUUAAGUGCCAGCCGUCCCGUCCAGGGAGGGCUCCGCAGUAUUCCCAGUGCCGGCUGUUCAAAACUUGGAUAUCGCUAUACACCGGAUAAAUCACUGUCAAUUGGAUAGCGCAUGCAAUUGGUUUCCCUAAUACUUAUCCAUUGGAUAGUGAUUUAUCCGGCGGAUAGCGCCAUCCACCUUUUAACAACUGGGGCCUGGAAUGUACAUUCUAAAGGCCGAUUUACACGGUACAAUUUUUUCGCGUGCGAUGUGUUUAUGAUAGACCUACAACCCAAAUCGUACCCAGUAAAUCAAAGUUGCGAUAGUCGCAAGUCUGUUGCAAGUAAGAUUUUCACGAUACAACCCGUGUCGUAUAGGAUUAUCGUAAGAACAUAGCUUGCGAAGAAGUUGUGCCGUGUAAUCAAUGCUUAAACAUUGCACAGUUGGUCAUUUCUAUUUUUCUCCUUUUCAGGCACCUUUCUUUGUAAUAACGAAUGCGAGCGUGUAGCAGCUAAACUUAAAACAAUGACAGUGUCUCUGUGGUGAGGCUUGUGCAAUUUUAUUUUUAAAUACUACUGAAUGUAGCUAAUGUUUUCUUUUCUAUUAAUGAAGUUUUUACAAAUCUCACUUUUCAGGUCAUAUCUAAAUCAAGCAGAUAUCCUUAAACCGCUGUUAAAUCCAAUGUAUGAACCAAACAGCUCUGUUCUCUGGCCUUCUGUGGCAUCGCAAAGUCUUGUAAGUUCAUAAAGAACCUCGCUUCUACUUGCCAUGUGGCUGAAGAUGAUUUUUGGGGAAAAAGUUUGGAAAUUACCGGCGCCUAUUUACGAAUUUCCCACAGGUCGCUAUUUAAAAUUUUUGUGACUUCAUUUGUGGUGGUGUGAAGAAUUUGAUCUUUAACAACCGCUGCCCCAAACUUUCGUCGUCGAAUUUUAAAAAGGAUGACGCAAAUUUUGUGACAUUUCUAAAAUAAGGAAACGGACGGUUUUUAUUAUUUCAUGGAUGCGUUUAAUGGCUGUACAUAACAUUCUGAUGUUGUUACCUUGUCCUUGUAGGUAUUGUGGCCAAGCUUGUUUCUUAAAUGGAAAGAAUCUAACAAGAAUGAGGAUAUUUUAUGGGAAGAAGUGCGCAGAAUACAGGAAAUAAAUACGGAUUUAAAAAGUAAAGCUAUAUCUCUUAGAAGGUAAAGGAAGACAUCUCAGUCCUAUAGGGUGCAAGGAAAGCAGUUUCAAAUAAGUACAGUUGAGGCUCUUGUAGGUUUCCCUAACUGGAGUUGAUCCCGGGCUCCGAUCUUUAAUCGCCCUUAAGUGUAUUCACCAGUAAUCGUCGUAUGCGCUCCCCUCCGUGCAAAUCUUCUAGAAAAUGGCCCCGGGGAAUUCCCUUACACUUUUUGUGCCAAACAUGACCUCGCGUUAGUCCCCGUGGGAACGAAAAUUACCUCCUAAAUACGUUGAAAACACUUUUAGGCUAUCCAGAAUAGUUUUGAAUCUCUAGAAAUGCAUUCUAAGGGAGGCAAAAAAACUUGGUUUCUGUUCGGUCAUUGUAAGGGAAUUUUAGUCUUUUCGAAAUUACAAGCAGGGGCACCCAACGGGAAAUUUUGAGAAAAAGACCUAAAAACAACAACAAAGCAUUAAUAAAGCUUUCGAAGCCAUUUUAAGCAUUUUGGGAGAUGGCUGGGAAAAAUUAUCUGUUCCUCACUCUCAGUAAGACUUGUGGAAGAGUUUCCAGCCAGCAAGAUGUACCUACCACCUGCAACCUGACUUACGGGAAAGAUUCUCAGCAGACGUUUGUCCAGACAUUAAUGGCCAGUUUGGGUGUGGUCAUAGGGCAAUAUUCAGACCUUCAGUGGGGGAGGGGAGCAUUGCGGUUGGACAAUGGGUGUGGGGGGGGGGGGGGGGAGGUUUCUGUCAAAUAACACAUAGCAGCUAUUCUAGACGUCAAAUACCCUCAGAUACCCCGAAUAUUCUUUUUCCCAGGAACAGUUUCCUUCCAAGGACAUUUCAUUACUUCCACAUCUCCCAACCAGCAAAAAAUUGCCAGAAGAACAGAUAUUUUGAGUAACAAAUCCAUUGGGUGUCCCUGUACAAGGGCUUCAGUAUUAUUUUCUCGAAGAGUUUAGUCACAAUUUAGCGUUUUACGAAUGUGAGAAUUUUUCUGGAAUGGUAUGGAACGGUCAAUAGAAAAGUUUAGGCAAUAUCUGCUCCUCCGGACACAAAUUUUACAGAAAACAGUCGUCGGGUGGCCCUGCUCAAUCCGGAUUUUGUCUACGGAGAUGACUGUGCGUAUGAGGUGUCCGUUAUGAAGAAAGGUUUAAUUUCCAAAGAAACUGCAGUGUUUUGUCGGUGGGGGAGUGGGAAGAUUGAAGCCGUUCUUCUGAGCGAGUCUCGCGAAUCUCUGAUGAAGGGCAAGCGCUCGAAAGUUAGCCUGUGAAACUGGCGGUUAGUUUAACGAUGAGCGGCGAAGCCAAAAAAAAUACGUUUCCUCCGGCGGCCAAUCUAAGUUAUUUUCUCAACUCAACACCAGCCAAAUCUUUGUCCGUUAUGUAAGCUUUACCUGUAGUUAGUUUUUCUUUUUUUUCCGAGAAGAUUGGAAGUCAAAUGUUGAUUUCCUUGCCUGGGGAAAACGUCACUAUCCCUAUAAAAUCUUAUGUUAUUUUGUUCUCUCAGGGAAUACGCCGAACUACAGGCCAAAGUAUUUGAAGAAAGACGAAAAUGGCAAGAAGAACAAGACCAGAGAGAAAAACAACGAACUUGAAACUGAAGUUGUGUCAAGAUUAUUUCACUUUGUUUAUAGGAAUUAUUUCUUCUUUGCCGGCAGUAGUCAUUACAGAUUCUGCGUUAGUUAAGUGCGGCGGUUACCAUUUUUAUAACAGUGGGGUAGAAAACAGUCUCUUUACUUAAGCGAGAGUUUAUGUCAGAGCGGAGAGCGGAUACAGCUAGGAUCUAACCUCUACGUAUUGAUCAUAGUAGUGUCGCAUGUUAUCUUCUACGCAGCCGUUAUUUCGGUAGUCAGGAGUAUUAUGUGGCAACCCAAAUAUCACACAGCUUGGGAAAAGACGUAGUAUGAGUAGUACAAUGGAUCUUAUUUUUGAUAUGGCUAUAAUCAUACCGGCGCUAUUUUAAGGUGUUAGAAAAUAUAAAAUUGCAUUUUAAAGAUAGUUACUUUAGCGUCGAAACGAACUUAGCAUGUACCAAAUCAAUUGCAAACUGAGUGAGAACAUAAGACCACGUGGGCAUUAGACCACGUUUUCUGUAGAUAUUUUUCUAUACGACAAGUACAGACUGAAAUUUACUAUGCAAUGUGUGAACUGCGAUCUCAAAAAUAUGCUCGCUGAGUAAAUGGAUUCCACUGAACAAACAAAACUCUGUCUCUUUAUAUUCCGGGGUUUCACCGCCAUGCCAAAAGAAAAGACUACUAUUUGAGAAAUCAGCUGUGCUCAUGUAAGUUAACUUGAACAAAAAAUAAAAUUAAUUUCGAGACACACGCAAAUCGUUAUUGCUGAUAACGCACGUUGUUUAACUGAGCGCGAAGCGGGAGACCCAGCCUGGCGCAAAGCGCGAGACUGGAGGAGGGGAGGGGGCGGGGGUGUUGUGCUUUAUUUACAAG